CAACAUCCAAGAUGGCCGCUACCUUGGGUUCCCUUGUGUCGUACGGCAGCGAUUCAGAUUCAGAGAAAGAGUCCGAAUCCAAUGUCACCGCUGACAGAGUUGAUCCUGAUGCUACGGCGCAUCUUAAACCGUUGCGGCCCGGGCAAACCGCGGCUUUAGUUGUCCUCAACUCGGCUCCGGAGGUCGCCGUGAAGGAGGCCAUUGAGACGGGCACACACCUGGACCCCGCGUUGAAAGAAGUCAACUACAAUCCUACGUUUGAAACCAUGUUUGCACCAGAGUUUGGACCGGUCAACCCGUAUAAAACCCAGCAAAUGGCUGCCCCACGAAACAUGUUAUCUGGCUAUGCAGAGCCUGCCCACCUCAACGACUUUAUGUUUGAACAGCAAAGAAGGACGUUCUCUACUUUUGGCUAUGCAUUAGAUCCAUCUGUAGACACAAGUCAAGUUUCUUCUAAUAGCUACAUUGGAGCAGUGGAUGAAGCAGAGAAAAAUAAAGGGCUGACUGUGUUUGAGGCUGGUCCCAAGAAGUCAGAGAAAAGGAAAAAGAUAAAAGGGGGCGAGGCAGCAGAAAUUGACAACUUCCUUGGGCCAUGGGCAAAAUAUGCAGACGAGAAGGACGUGGCCAAGCCAUCAGAGGAGGAACAGAAGGAGCUGGAUGAGAUCACAGCCAAGAGGCAAAAGAAGGGAAGGAAUGAGGAUGAGGCUCCAGCAGAAGAGAAGACCAUUCUCCAUGUCAAAGACAUGUAUGACUACCAGGGCAGGUCCUACCUACAUGUACCACAGGACGUGGGCAUCAACCUGCGUACUGCGGAUGUCCCAGACAAGUGUUACUUACCCAAGAAACAGAUUCAUGUCUGGUCUGGACACACCAAGGGAGUCAGUGCUAUCCGACUAUUUCCUGCUUCUGGUCAUCUACUUCUUUCUUGUUCCAUGGACUGCAAGAUCAAGCUGUGGGAAGUGUACAACGAGCGGAGGUGCAUACGAACAUUUAUUGGUCACAGCAAAGCAGUGCGGGACGUUUGCUUCAACAACAGCGGGACCCGGUUCCUCAGUGCUGCCUACGACCGCUAUCUCAAACUUUGGGAUUCUGAGACAGGCCAGUGCAUCUCCCCGUUUACCAACAGGAAAGUGCCGUACUGUGUCAAGUUCAAUCCAGAUGAGGAUAAACAAAACCUAUUUGUGGCUGGCAUGUCGGAUAAGAAGAUUGUUCAGUGGGACAUCAGGACAGGUGAGGUGGUUCAAGAGUAUGACCGCCAUCUGGGUGCCGUCAAUACCAUCACAUUUGUGGACGAGAACCGCCGCUUUGUCAGCACUUCCGAUGACAAGAGUCUUCGCGUGUGGGAGUGGGACAUCCCAGUGGAUUUCAAGUACAUCGCAGAGCCCAGUAUGCACUCUAUGCCAGCUGUUACACUUUCGCCCAAUGGGAAGUGGCUUGCAUGCCAGUCAAUGGAUAACCAGAUUCUGAUCUUUGGGGCCCAGAACCGUUUCAGACUGAACAAGAAGAAGAUCUUCAAGGGCCACAUGGUGGCUGGCUAUGCCUGCCAGGUGGACUUCUCCCCAGACAUGAGCUACGUGGUGUCGGGUGACGCAGAUGGCAAGCUGAACAUCUGGGACUGGAAGACAACAAAACUCUACCACAGGAUCAAGGCCCAUGACAAGGUGUGCAUCAGCGCCCUGUGGCAUCCACACGAGACCUCCAAGGUCAUCACAUGCGGCUGGGACGGACAGAUCAAGCUCUGGGACUAGUCCCGCUUAGGU